ACAAACAUUCUAUGAAUACAACAUUUUGGGGGGCAACAACAACAGCAUCAUGGUUGCAUGUGAGGUCUCACGGAAGGCAGCCCGAAGUUCCUGUUCCGACCUUGUUGUCGGAAAAUGCCUCACUCAGCUACCAUAGAUGGUCAUGGUCAUCACCGGAACAUGGUCAUAUAUAUCAAGGAAAACCGUGCGGGGGCCUCGACGCAGAAGUCAAGUUCGAAUGACGCUUAAACUGUUAUCCUGUACCGCCGGCCACGCUUCCGGUGCGCCACCAUAUUUCCUUUACAAACUAGUCUCUAGUAUUUCGAACCAUUGAAGCUCUUGGUCAAAUUUCCUCUAAAAUAAUUCACAUAAGUACCCUCAUGGCAUGUUUUAUUUGUUCCCGUUUUCUGCUCAUCUUCCGAGAAGAGCCUGCACCAGACCAUGCUUCCUAUUGACUUCAUAGUUAUAGGUGGCGGAACCUCUGGUCUUUGCUCUGCUAUAUCCCUGUCGCGAAUUGGACACCGUGUCACGCUUUUAGAACAAAGCGAUGACUUUGAGGAGACGACCGGUGCAGGAGGUGUCAACAUCGCUCCCAAUAUGGCGAGGCUCUUCAGCCGAUGGGGGUUGACUGACCGCCUUCACGAGUUCUCCGUGUCGUCUCAUCUACUGCACAUUCACCGUUAUGAGACGGGAUCGCUAAUCGGCAAGCACCUCUGGCAGGAGGAAGUGCUGAAAGAACUGGGUGGGGAGUUCGUCUCACUACACUAUGGCGAUCUACGAAGAGUCUUGAAGGAUCUUGCCUCAGAGGCAGGCGCUGUUAUUCGAUCCAGUGCGCGAGUCACCUCGAUAUCAAUUGGCGAGCAAGGCCAACGACCCUUCGUCACCCUGAGUUCCGGAGAAACGCUAGAGGCUGAUGUUUUGGUCGGUGCAGAUGGCAUCUCAGGCAUCUCCCGACAAUCAGUCGUAGGCCAGGUUGAGCGGCCCACCUUUACUGGAUUGGCAACCUACAAUGCAGUCAUAUCAGAAGAUCAAAUCCGUCAACAUCCAGAACUGGUUACACUAUUUCAGGAAGAGGGCUCCUUUUUCACUUGGUUCGGCCACAACAAAUCCGUUCUCACAUAUCCUUUGAAGACCAGGAAGAGGGGAAAAUGCAUCGCCUUGACAAUGUACUUGCCUCUAGACGAUACUCCGCCGACAGGCUGGUCGCAGUCCAUAUCUCCAGAGGAUGUUGUCAGGCAAUUAGGAGAGUGUGACCCAAGGAUACUUCAGCUCAUAAGUCUAGCAACCUCCGUGUCAUAUGUUCCUAUCGUCCAAAUGCCAGAACUGGCAUCGUGGAUUGACCAGAAUAAUAGGUUAGUCCUGGUCGGAGAUGCCGCACAUCCAGUCUUCCCGGGCGCGACUCAAGCUACUGCCAUGGGUGUCGGCGACGCAGCCGCUCUCGGACAAGUCUUCCGUCAUCUACACCAUAUUGACCAGAUCAAGUCCUUAUUGAAAGGAUUCGAAGAACUUCGACAGGAGAGGGUCGGGUUCGUUGCUGCGCAGGAAUGGGAUUACUUUUCGAUUACUACUAUGCCGGAUGGUGAGAUGCAGACGAUGCGUGAUGAGCGUCUUAGGAAGAGACAUGCACUUGGGUUAAAUGCGUUCGACGCAGAGGACCCGGAUUCUGGUGAUGUUUUGAACCAGUGGGAGAUCGCGCGGAAGAUAUUCGGAUACGACGCCGAGGACGAAGCAAAUGAAUGGUGGACAAAGUGGGGAAGCCUCCAAGAACGUGCAAUAUUCAAGAAUAUCACAGCAGGGUGGGAAGUCGAGGUCAAACACGAGGAGGAAUCGGCUUUGGAGUGAUUCUUGUUGUACUGAUUGUAGAUCUUUGAACGAGAGCAUGAUUCUCGCUUAUCACUAUAUACGAGUAUAUCUAUCGAUACAUACCUAGACCACGCUUGAUACCAAAGCCAACAAUAUCAGAACAUCUGUUACUUACUCCCU